GCAAGACAGAUAAGAAAUUUCAACUAACACAACCUAAAGAAGUACUAUAAUUUCUAUGCACACCGCAUUAUUUUCUUUCCUAACACACUGACCCCAGACACAAAAUCCUUGUUGACUACUUCUUCAGCAUUUGAAACUCCAAUACUUCAUCUAUUAAAUUAAACCUUGCUUUGAGGCUUCAUUGUACACCAACUUUUUUAUUUUCUUUCAUGGCCAAGACUAGGAGGGUAUGCCAUCUUCUGCUAAGGUUCUUGGCCUUUGCAGCAACCAUUUCAGCAGUCAUUGUGAUGGCUACUAGCCAUCAGACAGCUACCAUCUUCACAGUGUCCUUUGAAGCAAAAUACACUAACUCCCCAGCUUUCAAGAUUCUAUCUAGGUACUUUGUGAUUGUAUAUUCUGUUGUCACUGUCUAUGGAUUUCUGGUCAUCUUUCUUCCUGCACAAAGCUUGCUCUGGAGACUUGUGGUGGCUUUGGAUUUGGUAUUCACCAUGUUACUCGUGUCAAGCUUCUCUGCUGCUUUGGCUAUAGCUCAGGUGGGAAAGAAAGGAAACAGUUAUGCAGCAUGGCUUCCAAUAUGUGAUUCAGUUCCCAAAUACUGUGAUCAAGUGACAGGAGCUUUAAUCGCUGGUUUCGUUGCAGUGAUUAUAUAUAUAAUUCUUCUGUUGCAUUCCAUUCAUACUGUCAUAGACCCUCUCCUCUUGAGCAAAAAUUGAACAGCUUUUUAGGGUCAAUGUGUUAGGACAUCACUGAGAGUAGAGUUUGUGGUAGGUCAUAUGUUGUUGAACCAACAGUUUAAUUUUGUUUUCCAUCAGUUUUACUUUUUCUGUCCA